GAGAGCCGUGCGGAUAAAAUGCGCCAACGAUGAGAAGAGGCGCCAUGUGAGCCUCACGAUUGAGCCUGUGAAGGGCAUACGGAACUGUCCCACCAUCCCCUGCGGCCGGUUACGAACCGUGUAUUACGUGUGUACAGCAUGAGAAAAGAAAAUCCCGAAGCACCACGCAACAUGGUGCUGAACGUUAAGGCCGAAGGGAUGAAACAGCAGCCGCCAAAAUCGGGCACCGCCACCAGCCUGGGCCUGAAGAAGGUGUACAAAACCGAUGACGAUGGGGAAACGAUCGAUGUGGAGCACAAGUUUGCACUCGAUUUGCGGCUCGAGACGGGUUGCAAGGGCCGCCCGAAGCUCAUCAUGGGGGGGUACGCGUUUUUCCGCAACAACAGCAGCAACAACAAGACCUACUGGCUGUGUUCCAAGAGUCGGCUGCUGAAGUGUCGCGCCCGCAUCAUCACCUUGGACGGGUGCUCGGGGAUGAUACUCAAGAAUCAGCUCCACAAUCAUCCACCCACCGAGCUAUAAUACGACGGGCCGGCGGUGGCUCUGUUGCUAUACUUUUGUUUUUUGAAUUCCCUCUUAACGAACUCUGUUUUGUAGUUUAUAUCUCGCAGGGGGCCAUAUAUUUGAAAAGUAUUUUUCGUCGCCCAGUUUAUGCAAUACAGUGAAUUAUGUUUAGUAAUAGUAUGAUCAUCAUCGGUUCAUGAAAUAAAAGCGUACGUACUACUGCAAUCA